UGAUCUAUUUAGCCCGACCAGCUAUUGUGAUUGCGGAUUUUCCAUGUACUGCUCGAAAUACCGUCAUUGUAGUUUGUGCGUAGAAGCUAGCGCUGCUAAAGAGCACCUUUAGGUGGGUGCAAUUCUAACAAGAUUCUUAGCAUGUUGUUGUCCACGACACCAUGGUGAAAUACGUACUUCACUUCUUCAAGUCACAGGGCCGUGCUGAAAGUAUUCGUCUGGCUUUCAAGCUAGCUGGGGUCGACUAUGAAGAAAAGAACUUCGAGUUUGCGGAUUGGCCUAAGCUAAAGCACACAUUUCCCACCCAACAAAUUCCAGUGCUGGAGGUCGACGAGACGAUGAUAUGUCAGAGUAAGGCUGUCCUGAGAUAUCUGGCCAGGGAAUUUGGAUUUUAUGGCAAGACGUCCCUCGAUGCGGCAUUCAUAGACCAAGCACUUGACACUGUAGAGGACAUCUGGUCGGGAAUCAACAUUGUCUUCUAUGGGCCUGAAGAAGGCAAGCCACAACGAAUUGAGAAGUUCUUGAAGGAUGUGGUCCCGCCGAUCUACGCGACUCUGGAGCGAUUGCUCGGCCUGAAGCAAGCUGGAGACUUCUUCGUCGGAAACUCGAUCACGGCCGCCGAUCUCUUUUUCUUCACCGCUGUUGAUUAUGUGAAUGUGGUCGUGUCAAAGGGUGCCAACACCCUGGAGAAGUACCCGAAGCUGAGCGCCCUUAAGAGCCGCAUUGCUGCCAACCCCAAGAUCGCAGCCUGGUUGGCUGUGCGAACCCAUCCAACUUCAAUAAACAAUUAAAGAAAGUCAAUACGCCAAUCGGAUUUUUUUAUAGGGGGGGGGGGGGGG